UCUUUUCAUCUUCUUUCCCCACGAUUGAUAUCACAAGUACUCUUUGGCUAGACAUCCAAACGUCUAGCACUCCUUACUACCGAGCACGCAUUUGCCGAAUAACGACUACUAUUACCAGCAUCACCCAUCAUCAAUAUUUAUUACGCUUUUUAUAUUCAUUUCUCCCCUUUCUUGCACCAGCAUCUUUCCAACAAUCUCUGGGGAGGAAGUUGAGAAUCAAUUGCUUCUUCUACCUCUUGUUCCCUUCUUCCUUGAUUGGCAAUCUAGGCGUGGGACAAUACACAUCGUUGGCGGUGUCACACAACGAUCGCACGGAAAUAAUUGAAGUACAGGACAGGACAGGCAGGACAGUAGUAACCUUGCAAUCACUGCACACUGUACUCUGCACACUAUACAGACCAUAGUUCAGCAAACUAUCGUACAAAAGGUUUCUACUCGAGGACUUUGGGAAUACCACCUCAAAAAUCCAUUUUGGAAUACCACCUAGCAGAAGUGGGGGAUGGGAAGCAAAGUACCGCGACCAAAAAUACAAAACAAGCUCUCCAUCUCUACCCAGGUAUACAUCCAUCCAUACAUCCAUAUAUCCAUCCAUCCAUCCAUAAAUCCAUACACACGCACAUCCGACCAAUCCAAGACCAUAUAUUCGACUCGACCCAAUAUUUCUUUCAAAACAGAACUUUCUGAAACUUCUCCCAGCUGUUCCGGAGCUUAGGACCAUUCAAAAUAUGGAUUGUUAGGAUCUCAUUGGAUUUCGAAAAUUUGGGAACUGUUGAUCAUUGUCUUCCCCAAGACUUACUAUUUAUGAAUCUUUCACUCAUCUCAUCUCGUCCACGGGUGGUCUCAUCUCCAGCGCUCUGUCCUUUUUGAGCUCUGGUGGGUCUACCAAGUAUUCAAUUAUAGAACAGCGAGCGAGCUACAUUUCCUAGCUACCUUAUUACCUAGUAGAACUUUUGAACUAUUCAUAAUCACAUCACAGCCAAAUCCACAACCAAAUAUACAACUGACAACCAAAUCUACAAUUGACGACCAAAUCUACAAUUGACAACCAAACAUCCAGCUCACAACCUGUCAAUCAUCGUCAAUCAUCGUCACCAUCGUCACCAGUCUCUGCUAUUUGCUCCCGUGGACGACCAUUCUCCACCAUUUACCACCACAACCCACCACCACAGCCAACCACUGGAUCAGCCAUUGACACUUAAUUCAACCCUUGAACCCUAUCAAAUUUACGAAUUCGAACCCCAGAGCCGAGAUAUAUCACUGGCAUUAUCAUUAUCCACGGGCGUUACCCGUUACCUGUACGCCCUAACUUUAAAAAAAGUUACUACAGACAGUUACGGCGAAGCACGACAGGGGCCCCAAAAAAAAAGUCAAAAUAGCUUGCUUUACCGCCGUCAGUUUUGACACUACUACCACCAGUACCACAGUUCCACGCGGCUCCUCUUUAGAACACCUAGAUCAACAUCAUUCGAGAACCAUUUUUGUAUUUCCAUGAGAGGCAGCCAUAUAGCAGAUUACUCAGGUCGGAUACCAGAGUCAGCCAGCAGACAGGGAGCUCAGGAAGCAGAAUACAGGCGAUAUACUCCAGUAAUAUAGUGGCUGCAUGGCAAUAUAAACCAUUCGAAACCCCCUCGACAUUUCCAAUCGACCGGCACAUACUGAAGAAGAAUCCGACAUCAACAAUUUAGUAUCGCAUAUAAAAGCUUCAUCUAUGCUACAGAGUUAGCAGCAUAAGCAAAGGCUGUUCGCGACAAUAGAUCUUGAACCGGAAUUUACUUAAUGGUUGUUGCAAUGGCCAUGGCUAACAAUGGAUCACUUUCUCCUGCCACUCCUGCGGCUUUCCAAGAGCCCCCACCCGAUUACAUUGAAAAUGGACGCCUGUAUCAUGGACUACAUAAAGGAAAAUACAUGUUUCCUUGCGACGAGGAUGAGAAAGAUCGGAUGGAUAUAUUUCACAAAUUUUUCGAAGUCGCAAUGGGAGGUGUAUUGCACUCUAGGAAUACCACGUUUACGAAUAAUUACGAUGGGCCACGAAUUCUGGACUUAGGGACAGGCACCGGAAUAUGGGCGAUUGAUAUGGCCGACAAAUAUGGUUCAGAUAUGGGUACAGGUGAAGUUCUCGGGCUUGACCUAGCUAGAAUACAACCUCCAACUAUUCCCGAAAAUUUACAGUUUUUACAAAGAGAUAUAGAAUCGCCUUGGUGGGGGCUCGAAGUUGAGUCGUGGGAUAUGGUUCAUAUACGGAUGCUUUCCGGGAGCAUCAAUAGCUGGCCUGCAUUAUACCAAAAGGUCCGCAGGUAUCUCAAGCCUCAGGUGGGCCGUUUCGAGCAGGUUGAAAUAGAUUUUACUCCUCGCUCAGAUUUCGGGGACAUUCCAGCCGACUCGGCGCUGGCUACAUGGGCGCGGAACCUUUUCGAAGCUACUCGGCGCAAUUUUCGACCUCUAGCUUAUAAUACCGAGAUUCGAGCAAUGCUUCAGAAAGAAGAGUUCCUCGAUAUUCAAGAACAAGUGAUACGAAUUCCCCUUAAUCCAUGGCCCGAUGAUCCACAAGAAAAGGAUGUUGCAAGAUGGUACAAUCUGGCCCUCACCCAGGGACUGGAAGCAAUGACGCUUGGGCCCAUGCACAGAAUAUACGGGUGGUCGAAAGAUGAUGUCACAAGGCUGAUUACAGAAGUGAGGAGAGAUAUUUGCAAUAGGAAAAUCCGCGCUUAUAAUAAUUUGCAUGUAUGGACUGCACGCGCACCGGUUAAACCCCCUUCAUAGACGUCUUUGAGGUUUCAAGAAGUUGGAAAUUACAAACGAAGACCGAUUGGUCAAUUUGGUUUGGAUCGGCGAACUUUAAGUUUUUUUUCGGAUAUUGCGAUCAAUUUCAACCAGGGUUUUGGUCCAGCUUUUCAUACCGAACCUUGCCUUUCGGCCUGGCGCGCUUUUGAGGCUAGGACGGAUGAUGAAUGAAUUUUAUGGGAUGGUACUUUAUGCGCAUUAUUGUUGGAUGCGCGCGCAUAUUAUAUGCACCUUAAGCGCCUGUAAGAAUACGGAUCGUCAUUGAGAGUUGUUGGGGAUUCGAUGUACCCACGGCUGAUUGACCGAAAAUGCUCGGUACAUCCGCAAAGGAUCAUAUGAGAGGACGGCGAAGUGUGGGUGGCAAUCUAUACCUCAAUUCUUAUAGGAUAUUCAAGGGAAGGGGCGGACCGAAGCGUAUACGAAGUGUGGCGGGCAUAAUCAUGGAUUGGCCCGAGUACAAACACAGCAGACUGUUGCUCCCAAGAUUUCGGGUCAAGCUUGCCUAAAGCGUAAUGGAAAUGGGUUACACGAAGCCUUGGUAAAAUUGAGAGGCGCAGCACGACAUGAACCCGACAAUUCUUGGACUGCAUGCUACAGAAUUUGGUAAUUUAAAAUACCAAAUUACCUGUGGUUUCUGACGUGUCGGUUGUAUGGUGGAAAAUGAGGAAAUGAAUGUGCUGGCCGUUGCACAACUCAUGAAGGUUACAUUUUUUAAUUUCAACGGAUGAGAAAGAACAAUUGAUUGGUCAAUUUUGUCCCAUCAUUAUAGAUCCGAGAUAUGGUAGCGAGAGCCAACAAUGAGAGCGCAGCCGACGCACGGAACAUCAAUAAAUGUGCACAAACACAUACACAUCAUACACAUACACACGCUUGCUUACUUCCUCUUCUCACGCUUCUUCCUCAGCAUUUUUUUAUAUAAAAAAAGUUACAAUUUCCGUAUUCAGUAUUGAAAAGUUUAGAGGGAUUGGAUGAACUUCUCAGUUGGUGGACACUGGGUAAACGGUUAGAAGUAGACGAUUAGCACGUACUCUACUUUUGGAUUCGUCUGCAGCUUUUUAACGAUUAUACCCCAAUGCAUUCUAUGUUUUUACUUUCUCCUUCCAUUUGGAGGGGUUGAUUCAUUUGUUGGUUUUUUUUUCACAUGGGUUUUGUUCAAUCUUUCUACAAGUAUCAGCAUAAGCAUUGCAUAUCGAUUUUCAUUUAUUUUUGAUGAUAUCCCUCUUGCAGUUUUUUUCCCCCAAUUUUUGUUGAAGAUGAUUUGGAAUUCCAACAGCAUAUGCCCACCGCACGUGCAUGCAUAGAAUCUGGCAUGGAUGGGAUCGGGAUUUGAUUUGAAAAGAUGAAUGGACGAAUGGAUAGAUGGAUGGCAGUAAUGGACGAAUGGAUGAACGAAAAGACGGAUCUAUACAUCCGAUUAAUCUUUUUUUAUCUCUCUCCUUUUGGUUACUACGCUGGAGGAAAUUAUUGCAUACCCAUCUAUCUAUCGAUCUAUCGAUCUAUCUACAUCUGCUUACCUACUUCCCCAUACUUAUGUACUUAUGUACUUACUUGACUUUGUAAAUAUA